GCAAGGCGGGAGAGUUACUAUUGUCGUGGAAAGCGGGAGGACUGAGUGGAAGCGUCCGGGCUGACACCAGGAGGACCAUGUAUUUGAGGGCUAGGGUUUGGCUGCUUCAAAAUAUUUCUUCUGUUCUCAACAAGCCACAUAAUCCUUUAUAUGCUCGUUUACAUACGGAGGGAUGUUGUCCAGAGCUGAAUGAAGGAGAAACCAAACUGUUAAUGAAUGAUGUACGCAAGGAACUGCAAAAUAUUGUUGGUGCAUCCAAAAACUGGAGUGAUCAUCUCAAGUCAGCAAAGGAAAGAGCUUCAUUAAAUUCUUUACUAGUUGAAAGCCAGGACAGCUUACCAUGUCGCCGCAUGAAGGACAGUUAUCUGGAGACUUACCUACCAUUGGGAAGCCGUCCUGUCUUAAGAGAACAGUACUUAAAUGUACAUAACUUAGUAAGAUUUGGCAGGAUCCUUGAGGACCUUGAUUCAUUUGGAGUUUUAAUUAGUUAUACUCAUGUCAAAACCGAUUCUCCACGAAGCCCUUUUUCAAUUGUGACGGCACUUGUUGAUGAAAUAGAUCUGGUCAAAAAAGUUAUCCUGCCAGAUUGUGACUUAAAGUUCAGUGGUCACGUCACUUGGGUGGGAAGAAGUUCUAUGGAAGUCCAGAUGCAUGUAUCUCAGUAUCAAAAUGGCACCUUCAGUCCCGUCCUCCAGGCUACUUUUGUGAUGGUGGCACGCGAUGCUUCAAAUAAAAGUGCAGCUUUAAUUAAUCCAUUGAAGCGUGAGUGUCCAGAAGAGGAGAAACUCUUUCAACGAGGAGACUUGAACAAAGCGAAAAGGACAGCACUAAAGGAAGCCUCUUUACUGAAAGCAGCACCGAAUGAAGAUGAGCAGAAAAUUAUACAUGAAAUGUUCCUGGAGACUCUGGAUGUCAGGACAGUAAGUUUCCACAGUCGGGUUUUACCAAAGAAUUCAGUGUGGAUGGGGGAUUCAAAGCUCAAGAGUCUGGAAAUAUGCCACCCACAGGAACGCAAUAUUUUCAACAAAAUCUUUGGUGGAUUUCUGAUGAGGAAAGCCUUUGAAUUGGCAUGGGCAAAUGCUUGUGUUUAUGGGGGUUCAAGACCUUAUCCAGUUGCUGUAGAUGAUAUUCUGUUUCAAAAACCAGUUGAGAUUGGUUCCCUGCUAUACCUUUCAUCACAGGUUUGUUACACCAAAGGCAACUACAUUCAGGUCAGAGUCCACAGCACAGUGGUUGAUCCAGUUUCCCGGGAGCACCACACCACCAAUAUCUUCCACUUCACCUUUGGCUCAGAGAACGAAGUGAUGCAGGUUUUCCCAAAGACCUAUGGAGAAUCAAUGCUAUAUUUGGAUGGAAAACGUCACUUUAAAGCAAGGUUGAACAACUGCAAUUGAUCAAUUUACUAUUUGACAAGUGUCAUUCUGAAAAGCCGUAUCUAAAUAUAAUAUGGGUUUGUGCUUUUGUUUAG